CUCUCUCUUCAUCUGAUAAGACGCUAAAGCCAAAAUUUGGGUUUCUCAAGAGUCUCGCUAUCUUCUUUUUUUCAGAAAGCUCCCAACAAAAUAUUAUUCCCAAAACACCCUCCUCAGCUCUUUCAAUUUUCGAAUCAGAACCCUAACAUCUUCACCAUGAACCAUUAUCACAUCUACGAAGCCAUCGGUCGUGGAAAAUAUUCGAGUGUGUAUAAAGGACGGAAGAAGAAGACGAUUGAGUAUUUUGCAAUCAAAAGUGUCGAGAAAUCACAGCGGAGCAAAGUUCUUCAAGAAGUUAGGAUACUUCACUCUUUAAAUGAUCCAAAUAUACUUAAGUUUCACUCAUGGUACGAAACUUCUGCACAUUUGUGGUUGGUUUUGGAAUUCUGUACCGGUGGAGAUCUCAUGACCUUGUUACGGCAGGAUGGUAAGCUGCCAGAAGAUUCAAUUCAUUUCUUGGCCUAUGAUCUUGUCAAAGCUUUGCAAUAUUUACAUUCAAAAGGAAUCAUUUACUGUGAUUUAAAACCAUCAAACAUCCUUUUGGAUGAGAAUGGGCAUACAAAGCUAUGUGACUUUGCACUUGCAAGAAAGUUGAGUGAUAUAUCUAAAACGCCUUCUUCCAUGCUGCCACAAGCAAAACGCGGAACUCCCUGUUAUAUGGCUCCUGAAUUGUUUGAGGAUGGAGGUGUCCAUUCUUAUGCAUCUGAUUUUUGGGCACUAGGUUGUGUGCUAUACGAGUGUUAUGCAGGAAAGCCUCCUUUUGUUGGCAGGGAGUUCACUCAACUUGUAAAAUCCAUCCUCUCAGAUCCGCCUCCUCCACUUGAAGGAAGUCCAAGCCCUUCUUUUGUCAAUAUUGUUAAUUCUCUUCUGAUUAAAGAUCCAGCUGAGAGAAUAAAGUGGCCUGAGCUUUGUGUGCAUGCCUUUUGGAGGAAUAAAUUUUCUCAAGUAUCUUUACCACCUCAGCCCGCUUUUGAAAACAUGAUUGAGUUAUAUGCUAAACCAUGUCUCUCAGAGCGUAAUGGUGACCGAUCUUCUCAAAGCAAGACCCCUCCUAUAUAUAGGGAAAAAGAUCCAAAGGGGGCUUCAAGGAAAGAUGAGAAUUCUCUGGCGGGUUCAAGAGGUCAUGAGACACCAGUUAAGGGUACACCAGUUGGCCGUAAAACUCAACCAAAGGCUUCUGGCAGAGGAGCGGAGGAGAAGCAUAAAGAUCAUUCUAGUGCUAUUAAGCGUGUGAAUCUCUUGAGAUUAUCUAGAAUAGCCAAAACAAACUUACAGAAGGAGAAUGAGAAGGAAAAUUACCGGAGGCCUGUCCCUAAUAGCUCUGAGAAUGAAUCUGAAGUUAAAAUUGAGAACACCGAUAUGGAACUUGAUUUUGAUGAGAACACUGAAGAGGAAGUGCAUGAUGAAUCAGAUGGGUCAGAUGUCCCCACUUGUACGACUGAAGAGAAGAUUUCAAGUCAGAAUCAGGAACAAUUCAAAGUGGAAUUGGGGGAUAAUAACGUUGACAGAGCAGACAGCCAAGCUGGGAGUAAUUUGCCUGCCUCUGAUGAAUCAAAAACAUGUGAUCAGGAAUCAUCUUCAGAUCAUGUUGAAGUGGCUGCAACCCCACCUAGUGUCAGUUCUCAACACAGAAACCAGAGAAUUAAGGAAAGUCCAGGGGCUGCCCUUGAGUCUGAAUGGUCAAAAACAUCCAAUAGUAUCUCCAAAGUUCUCUGGCAUACUUCUGAUCUUUCUGUAAGACCUGUAAUGCCAAGCAGAAAAUCUGAUAAAAUGUCAGAGGCACUUCCUUCACUACCAUUUGAGGCAUUGCAUCCGUCUGAUUUUGUAAGAAUGUCGAAGGAAAAAUUGGAUGCACUCAACAAUAGAAUCAUAUCAAUAUUUGGAAGUGCUGGCACCGGUGAGAAGCAAAAUGUGAUUAGAUACCUUGAGAUGCUUAGUAAUAACGCAGAAGCAGCCAAUAUCUUGACUAAUGGUCCGAUAAUGCUCAUGCUUGUCAAAAUGCUCAGGCUGUCCAAGACUUCUGCUUUCCGUGUACAACUUGCUUCACUGAUUGGCUUGCUGAUCCGACAUUCUACUUUCAUUGAAGAUGAUUUGUCAAAUUCAGGAAUUUUAAUUGCACUUAGUGAUGGUCUUAGAGACUACCAGGAAAAAGUUAGAAGAUUUUCUAUGGCUGCUUUAGGUGAAUUACUGUUCUAUAUUUCCACUCAAAAUGAGCAAGCAAAAGAUAACAACCCACUUGAAUCUCCAUCAAAAAACAACAAGCCUGUAUCUGGCUGGCAGGUCCCAAAUUCAUUGGUUUCAUUGGUGUCAUCAGUUUUACGUAAAGGAGAGGAUGAUAUGACUCAGCUUUAUGCAGUUAGGACAAUUGAAAACAUUUGCAGCCAAGGAGGAUAUUGGGCAUCUCGUUUCACCAGCCAGGACGUGAUUAGUAACCUGUGCUACAUUUACAGGGCUGUGGGGAAGCAAGAGAGCAUGAGGCUAACUGCAGGGUCUUGUUUGGUCCGCCUUGUUCGUUUCAAUCCCCAUAUCACUCAAUCUGUUAUAGAUAAACUUUCACUCAAGGAUAUUGCAUCUGCUCUUAACAAGGGCAGUCCGCGCGAGCAGCAAAUCUGCUUAAAUCUUCUAAAUAUGGUACUGCUUGGGAGCCAUUUGUUCUCAAAUAUAGGAAGGUACCUUCAACCGUUGGUAGAGGACAAGAAUCUGGUGCCUAGCCUAGUGUCUCUCAUAGAACAAGGAACUGAAACCCUACGGGGCAAAGCACUUCUUUCAGUGGCUCUUCUUUGUAAGAAUGGUAAGAGAUGGUUACUGCAAUUCUUUUGCAAUGCAAGGUUACUCCACACAGUGGACAGAUUGGCAAAAGAGAAGGAUAACUAUCUACAGCAAUGUCUAGAUUCAUUUCUUCAUGAAGUGGCAUCUACAGUUCCCGGCUUACUUGAUAGUAUAACCGGAGAUAUCCAGCAAAUGAUGGGAGGACGACGACAUGGGCAGAACUCUGCCCUUACCAGUCGUGCUGCUGCAAAGAAUAAUGUUAAUUUGUUCCCUGUAGUUCUUCAUCUUAUUGAGAGUUCAUCAUUUAAAAGCAGAUUGGUGACUCAUCAGAUCUUGCGGCAGUUGGCAAAUCUUAUCCAAGUUGUUGAGACACCAUUUCAAGGACGGGAUGAUUUCCAAAUAACAUUGUUACGAGUUCUGGAAUCCAUACUUGAGGAAUCUCCUGUAAUUCUUGAAAGCCCUAAUAUUUUUACCCAAGGAAUUCUUCCUAGUCUUGCUGUUCUUUACAAGGGCAACAAAGAUGGUAAUGCCAGAUUUUUGUGCCUGAAAAUCAUGUUCGAUGUGAUGGUCAUCUUCUUGAAUGAACCUUCAUUAAAAGAUCAAAGUUCAGAGGAUCUAAGAUUGAUAUCUAAUUCUCAUUUUCUUCCACUCUAUCCCACCUUGAUUGAAGAUGAGGAUCCCAUUCCCAUGUAUGCACAGAAGCUUCUAGUGAUGCUAAUUGAGUUUGAUUAUAUCAAAAUCCCUGAUAUUUUAGAUCCGAAAAUGGUCUCAAAAUGUUUUGGAUUUUUGCUUGGCGAUCUAACAAAUGCAAAUGUAAACAAUGUCAAACUGUGUUUAGCUCUGGCUUCUGCUCCUGAGAUGGAUUCCAAGUUACUUUCGCAGCUAAAAGUGGUUCGAAAAAUUGGUAAUCUUUUGGAGCUUGUAUGUGCAAAGGAUAUGGAAGACUUUCUUGAGCCAACUCUUGGCUUGUUUAAGGCUUUUCUUCUCCGCUCUAGUGGAAAUGGUUUCGUUUACACAAAAGAACCCACACAGUUACUUGAUGGUUCAUUCGAGUCAAGUGGCUCAGUCAAUCAGCAGCAAUGCAUUAGAGAUAUAAUGGACUUUGGCAGCAAUGUUGGAGUGCUAUUGGAUUUAAGUGCAUCUCAUGAACCGAACAUUGCUGAUGUAGCCUCUGAAUGUGUUGUCUUAUUGCUCAAGGCAGCUCCAAGGGAAGCCACAACUGGGUUCCUAACUAAUCUCUCAAAGGCUGGUUCAAUCCUCGAGUCCUGGCGCAGCAAGGGCAUCUCUCACUUGCUCUUGAACCGGUUACUGCAGGCUGUUGGUUAUUCUUGUAGGCAAUACUUAUCACAUGCUAUGAUACUAUCAAUAUCUGCAGCUGAAAUUACACGGAUUCAAGGCAUCGUUUCUGAGUUGAAAAGCUCCAGUAUACCUGGAUUGGCUAAUGUUGCUUCCGUUGUUUUCUCGGAGUUGCAGCGGCUGCCUCGUCGCAUUUGAACUUCAUUUCAGGCAAUGAUGAAACGACAUGGAACAUAUUUAUGGAGUUCUGGAGGGUCAAAAUAAUCCAUGUUAGAGAGGUGAGUUAUAUUUUGUUAAGUACUGCUCUUGGCCUGCAAAUGUAUAAACCAUGCAUGCUUCGUUUCGUACCAUCAUUGAUAUAAUAUCUUUUUCUUUUUGUUGGAUAAUUGAUAUAAUAUCAUAUAUUCAAUUUAAGUUCUUUUCGUUCCUUCAA